CACCUUAUCCAUUCUCAACCUCAUCAUGGAAGAUGCAUCCUGGGAGCAGAAGCUCCAUACGCUAACCCACAUACUAACAAGCCCGACAACGGCACCAACGCUCCACUCUCAGUUCUUUGUCUCCACACAGAUCCCGUGUUACCUUAACUGGGACUAUCCGCCGGUCCUUUGCACCAAACCUAACUCCGAUACCUUUCCAUCUCUCCACCUUAGGUGGGGAUUCUCCCUCUUCCUUAAAAGGGUCUCCAGACUCGGGCUCCCUGAGACUUCCUGGAGGUGCAAGUGCCCGUACCAGCAGCCUCCGCCGUUGAUUCUGGCAAAGGGAGUGGACGAAUCACGGUGGGACGAGGUGCAAAGGAAAGAGUAUGCCAGGAGGCGACUGAGGCGGAAACGCCUAAUCCGCAAUGUCCAUCCUACAAUUCCUGUUUUGGUUCCAAAUUUGAUAGCCAUUUUUCUUCUGUUUUAUUUUCCGACUCCUCCAGUGGAUUGAUUUGUAAUCUUCAUGGGAAUGUGUAGAAUAAAGUGUAAUAAUUGCUUGCACCUUAA